AAACCCUCUUCAUCCGAUCGUCUCUUGUUGUGUCAAGGGUCCAGACGUCUCAUGUGGGUCGGGUCAGUACUACACCUGAGCAUGAGCUUCACCAGAACUCUCCUGCACUGGAAUGGACUGUGGCAAACAUGUGUGUUGCCAUGGUGAUUAUUCACACUAAAACACUGGACAAGAAGCCCGUCGAUGAUGUAACAUCCCAAGAGUCUCUGCAGCUGCACGAGCCGCCAAUCAUGAGUCAGGGGACGGCCCUCUUCUCCUGCGGAAUCAUGGAUUCUGGCCGGUGGUCUGAGGUCAGCAGAGGCUGCGACGUCCAGCAGCGACCCGUGGGCUCCAAUCUGGAGAGCCUGUGGGACAGCGUGCGUGAAACGUGUUCCGCUCGUGAGGCGGGCAGCGCUAGCACCAUCAGCGGAUUACUGCGAGAUCUCAGCCUGAGUGAAGCGCCCCCUCCUGGUAGCACGGCUCCGCCCAGCAAACGACAGUGUCGCUCACUGUCCUGCUCCGAUGAGCUCAGCAGCUGCCGGUCGUCGUGGCGACCGCAAGGCUCUCGUGUGUGGACGAGCGUGGAGAAGCGGCGGUGUCACAGCGGGGGAAGCGUUCAACGUGGAGCGUCGUCUGUCUUCAGCCUGUCGGGGUUUCCUGCGAUACAGCGCAGCUCCAGCUUCAGUCUGCCGACUCACACGAGCCUGCUGCAGCCAUUCGGCCACGCCUUCUCUUUUCCCGCCUCCUCCGGACCGCCACAGACACCCUACAGCUCGCAGGAACAGAUCUGCCUGCACGAGCCCAGCGCGCCAUCAGAGGUCAGCUCGGCCGACUCCACCCCAGAGCUGGAGCGCCGUGAGAGCGGACUCGCCCGCAGCCAAUCGCAACCCUGCGUCCACAUCGACAAAAAGAUUGGCGUGAAGCGCAGGAGACCAGCAGAGAUUCACAAACAGAGGCCUUCACUCGACCUGCUCAAGAUGACACAGCUGCAGGAUUUUCACAGUCUGAGCUGUCCAGGAUUCACCACGAGCGAUCGAGUGCCGUUUUCCAGUCCGUCACUGCAGCACGAGAGUGACAUCACAUCUGACCAUCUUCAGCUCCGCACCAAAGACGACACCUUCAUCAACCAAUCAGACGCCAGCUGGACAGCAGGACUGAGCGGUGGCAAAGACUGUCUGUGGGCGGGGCUGUGCGGCGUCAGGGGGCGGGACGUUUUCCAGCUGGGUGGAGAACUAGACAUCGAACAGAUCGAGAGAAACUGAGACAUCGCUCAAAAGCCGUUGGAUUAUUAUGGGAUGGACACUUGAGUAAGUGGAUGGGGUUGCACAUGACUCAGGGUGAAACACACAGAGGUUCUGACGAGUUACCGGGACAUCAUCUGAACUGAAGUCUGAAGAGCUCCGUGUGGAGGAGAACACACACUCGCACACACACACUCGCACACACAAACAUUUAGAGGAGUAGAAAAUAUUAGAGCAUUUCACAUAUCAGAAUUACUGGAUAUAGCCAGACACAAACACACACACACACACACACACACACUCUUACACAAACACACACACACACACACACACUCUUACACACACACACACACACUCUCUCACA